AGUCAGGAACUGCUUGCAGCCGCGGGCCGAGGGUUUGGCCAGGACAUGGGCCAGCGCUGGCCACGCAGGUCCCGGCCUGGCACGGGCUCGCUAUCUGACAGCCGGCCUGCGAGCUCCUGGGGCGUGCUGGACUGGGCUAGCAUCUUCGUCUUACCUGGCUUCCUCUUCUUCUGUCUUCAUAAUGGUUGGUCAUAGAUGCUUCAGAAAAAAAAAUGCAAAGGUCACCUCAAAGCCCUUUACAGCGUCUAACUGCAGGCGUGGACAGGUUUGAGCCUGUUCUCUGAGAAGGCGGAGAAAGUUCCUGGAGGAUCUGAAUUAAUAGGGAAGAGACAUAGCAGUAGCUGUGGAAGACUGUGAUUUUUGCAAUUCCUGUGUCUAAAAGUUAUUCUCUCCUGAUUUGAGCAGUGCAUGGUAACUUAGCGAUUGGAUUUGUGUUAAUGCCAAGUCACGUCUUACUCCUUAGUGCUUUGUCCAAAAAGGAGAAAUAACCCCUAACGGCAGCUGUAGAGCGGAUUGCCUCUCCUCCGGCCUGGUUAUGCAGUAACGAUGGAGACUUCUGAUGAAGAAAACUUCAGUGUGGCCACGUGAGUAUGCUAGAUCUGUGUCAGGUUUUUGGUAAGCUAAUGACUAGUUAAAAUACCUUAAUGGGAAUAUAAUUGCACGAAUGAAUUUACUGUAUAUUGAUUAGCAUCUUCUGCCUCCUAGGCAAAGCUCCGGGAGGGGAUAAUGUUGGUUCAGAGUUUAGGUGAAGUCAAACUAAAUACGUCCACAAUGAGCCUAGCACCAGCUAGCCCUGGCUGAGUGAUCAAAAUAAACACUGUAAGGCUCAAAACUGGGGUGUGUGUGUUAAUUUUAAAUUCAAAAUUUCUCCUUGUCAAGAGAGUGUGUUGUCUUACACGGCGGAUUCGAUGAAGAGACUAUUCCCCUGUGUUUGAACGCGCCCCUUCUAGACAAGAGACUCCUCUUACGGGUAGCCUCAACCAGAGUUUAACCUGGUGGAUGCUAAGGCACUGCUUCACUCCACAUUUGUCUGGCAUACUCUUUUCCUCAAGCCUGUGGCAGAAGGGGAUGUGUGCCUGUGCCUCUAUUGCUCCAGCCCAUGAAUACCUAUAAAACCAACCAGAGCACUGUUUGGAGGGGAAAAAGAAGAGUGGAAAUUAUCCGUAGGAAAGCCUCCUGCCCUCGCCUGUACAUGGAAAGCGAUGAGCCCUGUUGCCUGAAGUCCUGAGUGUGGUGCUUGGGGUACGUGAUGCUUCGGCGGUGCCAGGACAGCUCCUUUCCUGGUGACAUCCUGCCCUCUGGUGGAAGAGCACGCCUGUCUUGGCUUGGCUUUGCUCAUCUCCCAAGGCCCAACAUAUCAGAAGCGUUGCUGGAACGUGGCUUGGUGAUUUCGUACCUUUUUAAACCAUGUGUCCCUUCGUUUGUCCUGGUCAGAGUGAGCCCUGUGGCUCGUUAUAGUUAAACUGUCGGUGAAACUGGUGUUGGAUUAAUUUCACUGGACUCUUAUUCUAUGGCAAAAUAACUUUAAUGAGGUUUUUUUAAAACUUAAUCUGCAAGGGUGUUCUGCUCUGUUUACUAAAGGGAAAUUUGGAAGAGAAAUAGACGUUUAAUUUAAUUUAAAUAGUGCUUUUGCUGAUCAAAGCGGACUUUUAAAGACAAAUUUCCUGUGAGGCUCAUUUCCCUUGUGUAAGAGGAAAGCCUGUCUUUCACCUCCUGGAGAGUAUAGGAAGAGUUCAUUCCCCACUAAAGGUGAGCUCUGAACGCCAGGGCCAAGGAGAUCCUGUGGAUUACGCAACGUAUCUGAACAAGAUGCACGAUACCAGAUUUGGCAGAGGGAUCCAGAGUCCUGAAAUGCUGGUACCAAAGGUUUCUUCCCUGGAUGACGUCAGAUCCAUAGUGAUGUUCAAUAUUUGCUCACAAUCGAAUGACCUUAGCGGAUGAUGCCCUUUGUUUGUGGCAUGCAGGGAUAUCUCUUGCCUCCUCCCCUUCUGACGCAGAGUUUGAUGCGGUUGUUGGCUAUCUGGAGGAUAUUAUAAUGGAUGACAGUUUCCAGUUCAUACAGAGGACUUUUAUGGAGAAGCACUACCGGGAGUUUGAUGACUCAGAAGAAAACAAGCUCAUCUAUACUUCUAUUUUUAAUGAAUAUAUCUCUUUAGUAGAGAAAUACAUUGAAGAAAAAUUGCUUGAUCGGAUUCCUGGGUUUAACAUGGCUGCUUUCACAAUGUCGCUGCAGCAGCACAAAGAUGAGAUGGCGGGGGAUAUAUUUGACAUGCUUCUCACGUUUACUGACUUUCUAGCUUUCAAAGAAAUGUUCUUGGAUUACAGAGCUGAAAAAGAAGGUCGAAGCCUGGAUUUAAGCAGCGGGUUAGUGGUGACUCCAUUAAACAAAUCAUCGAUAUCUUCCUCCUAGGCCAGUUCACACAGUGUAUCCCUUCUGCAGACGAGUGCUGCUGCUUUCAUUUGGACGUUAAAACAUGGUGUUUUCCCAUGACGAAGACUCUCUCACCCUCCAGACGUUCCCUUCAGAGGCCCAACCUUAGAAACAUCAGUUUGUGAGUUCACGUUGGUAUUCGGCGGCCGCAGAAGACGACAGUGUCACCUCUGCCGCAGUAAUUGUUUUUAAUAAAUCCAUGGCAUUUGCACCCCAGCCUAACCCUUGUGCUUGCUGAGAACCCUAAGGUGCUGAAGGGACGCAAUGCAUAGGCCUAUGCGCACG